UCAGCCAGACUAGCUUGUGGGUUAAGUUGCCAAAGUAGUUAGCUAAGGGAGAGUGAGGAGUGCGGGGCAGCCUGAGAGGAACAUCAUGUAGUUUAACCCAGGCUGUGCUACUUUAAAUGUUGCUACCUCUGUGUUCCUCCCUCCCGCUUGUUCACCUGGAAACUUUGUGUUUUUAACGUCGGACCGACAUUAUGUUCCUGCGCGGGUCUAAAAAGCGACGGUCGAGCCGCUCGCAGGAGGAAGAGGACCCAGACAGAGGCCAGCCCUGCAUGCGCUGUGGAGACCAGUGCCCCGGCUUCCGUGUCCAUGGCUGGAGGAAAAUCUGUGUGCACUGCAAGUGUGUGCGAGAGGAGCACGCCGUGCGCUCGGUGCCGGGCCAGCUGGAAAAGAUGAUGACAAAGCUGGUAUCAGACAUCCAGAGACACUCCAUCUCCGAUGACGACUCAGGCUGUGCCUCCGAGGAGUACGCAUGGGUCCCACCUGGGCUCAAGCCCGAACAGGUAUACCAGUAUUUUAGCUGCUUACCAGAGGACAGGGUGCCUUAUGUGAACAGUCCAGGGGAGAGAUACAGAAUCAAACAACUGCUGCAUCAGCUGCCAGCCCACGACAGUGAGUCCCAGUACUGUAACUCUCUGGAUGAUGAGGAGAAGAAGGAGUUGCGGCUGUUCAGUCAGCAGAGGAAAAGAGAAAACUUGGGCAGAGGCGUCGUCAGACUCUUUCCAGUAACUAUGAUGGGAGCCAUUUGCCAGCAGUGUGGCAGACAGAUCUGCGGUGGAGACAUAGCAGUGUUUGCCAGUCGGGCCGGACAGGGCAGCUGCUGGCACCCUCAGUGUUUCCAGUGUGCCUCCUGCAGUGAGCUGCUGGUCGAUCUGAUCUACUUCUACCAGGACGGACAGAUCUACUGUGGCCGGCACCACGCCGAGAGGCUCAAGCCCCGCUGCCAGGCCUGCGAUGAGAUCAUUCUAGCAGACGAAUGUACAGAGGCAGAAGGAAGAUACUGGCACAUGAAGCACUUCUGUUGUUUUGAGUGUGAGGCUGCGCUAGGCGGUCAGCGUUACAUCAUGAGAGAGAGUCGACCGUACUGCUGCUCCUGCUACGAGUCUCUGUAUGCAGAGUACUGCGAUACCUGCGGAGAACACAUAGCUAUCGACCAGGGCCAGAUGACGUACGAGGGUCAGCACUGGCACGCUGUGGAGUCAUGUUUCUGCUGCGCCCGCUGUCGACUGCCUCUGCUGGGGCGCCCCUUCCUCCCUCGAGGGGGGCUCAUCUUCUGCUCCAGGCCCUGCUCGCUGGGCGAAGACCCCAAUAACUCCGACUCCUGCGACUCGGCGCUGCAGAGCAAACCACCUCAGCAUAGCAGACGCUCUGGCACAGCAGAGAAACACCAGCAGCAACAGUGUGGUUCUCCACUGAAGCCACUAGAGGGCAUCACUAUAACUGCAAAAGACUGCAUUCACACUGCAGUGGAAAACAAAGGUGUCCACUGCACUGCUCCAGUUCAGAACGGAGUUCCUGCACCCAAUGGUCAUCCUCAUCCAAGAGGGUCCUACUCACCUCUUCCCCACAUUCAUCUAGGAAACGGCUUAGGUCCAUCUUGGCCCAGCGACAUUCCACACUACAGUUUACUCCCGGAGGACAGUGGUGUCAAACCUCCAGUCGGUGGUCUUCAGUGCCAGGGAGAGCUAAAUGAAAACGCUGGGCGAACUGGUCUCAAUUCAAGAGGAACCUCGACUGCUAAAGACUGUAGGAACUGGGUGGAAAGGACGAAUCAGGCUAUGCAAGUAUUUCCUACCCAGAAAAAUGUGAACCGCAUCGUUUCACCCGAGUCGCCUCCCCUCUCUCCCAACAACACAUCCAUCCUCCCACCUCCUUUGCCCGUCAAAUCCCGUGACUCGAUAACCCAGGAGUCACCCCCACCGAACGUCCCCCGACCAGAGGACAGACCCUCGGAUUCUCCACCCCCGCUGACUCGCAGUGGCACAGCUAGAGUCAGCUUCAGAGAACCAAUCAGCAGCAGUUACUCCCUUGAUGAGGAAGAUGACGAAGAAGAGAAUGAAGAGGAGCUGCAAGAGGGCGAGGAAGACCAGCAGGCCGAAGUUGAGGUGGAGGGAGGUUUCGGAAGCAGGUUAAAUCUACAGAAAGGCGUCCCACCGCAGAUGGACCUACUUGAUGGAUCCUCUUACCAUCAGCGGAGUCUGAGGCGAGGGUGGAGUCAUUGCCGCAUGCCCUCUGACCCCACCCUCUAUCCGGGCGCAGAGAGGCGAUCCCGAAGCUCGCAGCCCGACCGGCCCCGGCUGGACACCCUGGACUGGAGAGGCAAGAAGGAAAAGGACAGCCAGGGCUCCUCCAACGCCUCCUCACUGACCCUCCAGCCGGGCCACCACAAACACGAAGACUCCUGUUCUACAUGCUCCUCAUCCUCAGAGGAGGAGGAGGAGGGCUACUUCCUUGGACAGAAAAUACCUCUGCCCCCGCAGCUCAGAAAACAGCAGCCUGAGGAGGAUCAAGACAGGGAGGGAGAGGAGGACAGGGAGGUGCAGAGAGACUGGGGACUGAGAGGCAGCAUAAAUCGGAGAAGAGCUCACAGUCUUGGUGCAAAGGACAAAGAUAAAAACUGUGCUAUUUCCUAACCCCCAACAGCGUGUUCGUUUCUAAACUGUGGUGCAGAAGGAGAAGUAAUGGCCCUUCGUUAUUCUGGUGUUCGAGUUUUAUGAUGGUGACGACAAAAACUGACUCUUCCAAAGGGGAACCACAGCUGUUGUUCCUACGUAGCGCAAAGGAAGGCAAAUUAAACCUCGCUUUAUGGUAUUGACUUCACACUGUUCAAAUUUGAGAUGUUACAUCGUAGAAAACGAUGCACACGGUGUAUGAAUCAUGGGAGUAGUGAUAGAUGUCGAAGGAUUACUGGUUACGAUUAUGUUUGGAACUGUUUGAGCUGUUGUGGCCCUGCAGUUACAUGUCACUGCUUUUAGUCAUUACCAUCAUUUACAUAUGCAAGCCUCCGGUAGCACCUGGAACUGACAGCACAUUCCUCCAUCACUGUUUGCAAAAAAAAAAAAAAGAAAAGAAAAAAGAAUAUAAAGUAUAUCUUAUUUUAACUAUGCUGUAACCAUUUCUGUGCUUUUAUGUGCAAUUUUUUAUAUGGUUGUAAUAUAGUACAGUUAAGAAUACUACACGGCCAAAUAGUAUGUGACGGAGUAUGAUUACUUCAGCAAACUGUGGUAGUUUUCUACUGUCAAAAUCAAAAGGAUUUGUGUGAAUUUGGGGGGUUAAGUUUGUUUUUUGUGUGUGCGUGUGCGUGUGCGUGUGCGUGUGUGUGUGUGUUGUAUAGUCCUAACAAAAAACUGCAAAAUCUGUACACAUUUUUCAAGUCUCUAAUCACGUAUGGCUUAAAUGUCAUUUAUUUUUAUAUACUUGGUGUAGGUCACUGUUCCUUCUUGUUUAAUUUUGGGUAAAGAAAGAGAUGAUCAUGACAACAACUGUAUGGUGACAUUAAAUUUGUCUAAAUUG